UUAGGAAUUAAUUUAUUUUUGCAGGGGUGGAACAUGUUGGAGGAGACAUGUUUACAAGUGUUCCAUCUGGGGAUGCCAUUUUGUUGAAGUGGGUACUUCACAAUUGGAGUGACCAACACUGCCUAAAGCUGUUGGAAAAUUGUUACAACGCUAUUCCAGACGAUGGAAAAGUGAUUAUUGUGGAAGCACUUGUUCCAGUGAUGCCAGAGACUAGCACCGCCGUGAAGAGCACCUCCCUACUUGAUGUGCUUAUGCUGAGUCAAAAAAGGGGAGGAAAGGAGCGGAGCCGAGAAGAGUUCAUGACUUUGGCAACUGGUGCUGGAUUUAGUGGCAUUAAAUAUGAAUGUUUUGUCGCCAGCCUUUGGGUGAUGGAGAUCUUUAAGUAAACAACUAUGAUCAGCAAAAUAGUGUUAUGCUUGAUUAUUAUUUCUGUGAGCUAUGUCUAGAUGUGUGUAUAAAUAAAAAUAACUCCAGCUCAUAAUUCGCAUCUCAAAAACACCUAUGUACGUGAACAUGAUCAGCAAAAUAUUUUUCUUAAAACUACAAGGAGAU